AUGUCUGGAAGAAAUCGUGGACCUCCUCCUCCUUCGAUGAAAGGUGGAUCUUACGGUGGAUUGCAGCAAGCACCGGUUCAUCAACCGCCUUUCGUUAGAGGCUUGGGAGGAGGACCAGUGCCUCCUCCUCUUCGUCCUUCUAUGAUGGAUGAUGGUAGGGAGACACAAUUCAGAGUCGAUCCAAGAGGUCUUCCUCAACAUCUUUCAGUCAUAGAGGAUCGUCUCGUUGCUCAGAAUCAAGAUGUGCAGGGCUUACUUGCUGAUAACCAGAGGCUGGCUGCAACACACGUCGCGCUGAAACAGGAACUAGAAGUUGCUCAGAAUGAAUUGCAAAGAAUGAUGCAUUACAUUGAUUCUUUGAGAGCUGAGGAAGAUAUAAUGAUGAGGGAGAUGUAUGAUAAAUCUAUGCGGUCUGAAAUGGAACUGCGUGAAGUCGAUGCUAUGCGAGCUGAUGUUCAAAAUGUCCGUGCAGAUAUCAAAGAGUUUACGUCGAGUAAGCAGGAUUUAGCUAGCCAGGUUCAUGUGAUGACUCAAGAUCUUGCUAGACUUACAGCGGAUUUGCUGCAGAUACCAACUCUUACAGCAGAAAUUGAGAACACAAAGCAAGAGCUGCAACGUGCAAGAGCGGCUAUUGAUGGUGAGAAGAAAGGGUACGCCGAAAAUUAUGAGCACGGUAAAGUUAUGGAGCAAAAAUUAGUUGCAAUGGCUCGGGAAUUGGAGAAGCUUCAAGCAGAGAUUGCUAACUCAGAAAAGAGAGGUCGUGCAACUGGUCCUGUUGGGCAUCCUGGUGGAGUUGCUUAUGGUGCCGGCUAUGGAAAUCAUGAGGCUGGCUAUCCUGUGAAUCCUUAUCAACCCAACUAUGUAAUGAAUCCAUACCAAUAG